GGGGGCAUCCGCUGGGUCCCCGCGCCGUCGUUCAGACCGGAGACCUGGACGCAGCCGAGAGAGGUGUCACCGCCCGCCCCGUCCAGUCGCCGCGCGCAGGCACUGCAAAGUCAGCGGUGAACUGACUUCAUCCCAAUGCUCAGCCCCCACCAGGACCAAUCUGGAGUCCCUCCCCUGCCCCCAUUCAAAUUUCCCUUCUGUCCCCAAACUCAUCUCUGAUCUAGACCUUACUCACCUGCUUCCUGUUUCCUAAGACUCCUUCCUGCAGUCCCCAGACUGAGCCUUUUGUCUUUGUCCACCCUGAGCCAGACACCUCCUUUUCCAGAACCUUCUCCUUACUAGUGACUUUGUCUCUGUUUCUUUCUGGGGUCCUAGGAAAUGCCAGCACUCCCACCCGCAUUGCCUGGACUUUCCGACACUCCCUAACUGCCCUGUGUCCUAUCUCAACGCUGUCUCAUGUAUUUCCUGUGUCUUCUAGAACAUCCCCCCGCCAUUAUUACUUCAGUAUGGCUACACAUACUUCCUAACUGCCCUGCAAACAUCUCCUUCUCACUGUUGCCCAGCGAUGCUUUCAUCCCCUCCAUAAACACUCCCCAAGACCAAUUUUUGUGUCACCCCUAUACUCCCUCAUUGACACCCUGAUUAACUCUAUACAUAACCUCCUUGACAAACCACUUUAGUAAUCUCAUCAUCCUCCAGACUUCCUUCCUGUCAUAAUUCCAUCCCUCCUCCAACUUUUCCCUCUCAAGCUCUGCCCUUCCCAGCCCAGCCCAGCCUACCCAACCUCAACUCUUCCCUGUAGAGUACAUCCCACCAUGUUCCCCUGAGCCUCCAAGGAAGGGGCUCGGGGGCCCCAUGGCCUCCCGCUCCCCGUGGCCCCACAGCCCCCGUGGGCCAGGGGAAGCGCCCCAGAAGCCGAAGUGCCCACCAUGGGCAACCACACGUGGGAGGGCUGCCACGUGGACUCACUUGUGGACCACCUCUUUCCGCCAUCCCUCUACAUCUUCGUCAUCGGCGUGGGGCUGCCCACCAACUGCCUGGCUCUGUGGGCAGCCUACCGCCAGGUGCAACAGCGCAACGAGCUGGGCGUCUACCUGAUGAACCUCAGCAUCGCCGACCUGCUGUACAUCUGCACCCUGCCGCUGUGGGUCGACUACUUCCUGCACCAUGACAACUGGAUCCACGGCCCCGGGUCCUGCAAGCUCUUCGGGUUCAUCUUCUACACCAACAUCUACAUCAGCAUCGCCUUCCUGUGCUGCAUCUCGGUGGACCGCUACCUGGCCGUGGCCCACCCACUCCGCUUCGCCCGCCUGCGCCGCGUCAAGACCGCCGUGGCCGUGAGCUCCGUGGUCUGGGCCACUGAGCUGGGCGCCAACUCGGCGCCCCUGUUCCAUGACGAGCUCUUCCGAGACCGCUACAAUCACACCUUCUGCUUUGAGAAGUUCCCCAUGGAAGGCUGGGUGGCCUGGAUGAACCUCUAUCGGGUCUUCGUGGGUUUCCUCUUCCCGUGGGCGCUCAUGCUGCUGUCGUACCGGGGCAUCCUGCGUGCCGUGCGAGGCAGCGUGUCCACCGAGCGCCAGGAGAAGGCCAAGAUCAAGCGGCUGGCCCUCAGCCUCAUCGCCAUCGUGCUGGUCUGCUUUGCGCCCUAUCACGUGCUCUUGCUGUCCCGCAGCGCCAUCUACCUGGGCCGCCCCUGGGACUGCGGCUUCGAGGAGCGCGUCUUUUCUGCAUACCACAGCUCACUGGCUUUCACCAGCCUCAACUGUGUGGCGGACCCCAUCCUCUACUGCCUGGUCAACGAGGGUGCCCGCAGCGACGUCGCCAAGGCUCUGCACAACCUGCUCCGCUUUCUGGCCAGCGACAAGCCCCAGGAGAUGGCCAACGCCUCACUCACCCUGGAGACCCCACUCACCUCCAAGAGGAACAGCACAGUCAAGGCCAUGACUGGCGGCCGGGCGGCCACUCCGCCCUCCCAGGGGGACCAGGUGCAGCUGAAGAUGCUGCCACCAGCACAGUGAGCCCCGCGUGGCACAGAACCCCCAGUUUUCCCCUCUCAUCCCAGUCCCUUCUCUCCUGGUCUGGUGUAUGCAAAUUGUAUGGAAAAAGGGCUGUGUUAAUAUAAGAAUACAAGAACUUAGGAAGAGUG